AUGUGUAUUAGAAUCCGUGACAUUCAUCAUCAUCCACAUCACAUAACACAGAUAACCCCGAUCAAGAAAAUGGCGAAUUUCUCCAGUAUUCACAUUCUCUUCUUCGUGUUCAUCACAAGCUGCGUCGCCGACAUCAACGAGAUUUGCCCUAGUGAGCUUCGGAUCAUGGAUCCACAGAACAACGGAAUCGUGGCCGCUAAAACAGAUGAUAAAUCGUAG